GCUGACCGCUCCGGCACAGGGGCGACUGACCCGGCCGCCCCGCUGACCCCCUCCCGGGGACCCUGGUCCCCCACCCAGUCAUGACGUCUGCCCUGUGCCUGGCGGCCUCUGCCAAUGCCCUGAGUGCCCAGGAGCAGGCCCUGACGGCCACUUCCAAGGCCAGGGCCAGUAAGUAUUCGGUCAAGGACAGCAGGUCUCCCACCAAGCGGGGCCACCCGCGCGGUCAGGGUGUGGCACAGGCCUGGCCCGCGCACCGUUCCAAGUCGGCCUCCCUGCGCUCCGGGGCGCUGAACCCCAAUGUGCAGUCCCAGGUGCUGGAGCUCCAGAAGAAGAUACAGCUGCUAGAUUGUGACCGGAAGGCCUUUGAGGAGAGCUCCCAGUGGAACAUCAACAAAAACCAGGAUGUCAUCCACCAGCUCCGGGAGGAGACCAAGGCGCUACAGCUCCAGCUGUCGGACCUGCUGCAGGGAGAUGAGAAGGUGGUCCAGGCAGUGAUGCAGGAAUGGAAGGCAGAGCGGCCCUACCUGCAGAAGAGGACGUGCCAGCAAGCCCUGGAGCACCUGGACCGCCGGCUGAGCGAGAAGGUGAAGCAGCUCAACGCCGCGCGCCACCAGGUGUCGCUGCGGCAGAAGUGGCUGGAGGAGCUCCAACUGCGCCACAGCCUGCGCCAGCUGGAGCUGACCGACGCGCAGGACAGCAACACGGAGGUGGCCAAGACCGUGCGCAACCUGGAGAACCGGCUGGAGAAGGCGCGGAUGAAGGCGCAGGAGGCGGAACACAUGACCAAGGUGUACACGCGGCUCAAGGAGUACCUGCAGGAGGAGAGCCUCCACAUGGGCAGCCGGUUGGACUCCAUGGAGGCGGAGGUGGUGAAGACCAAGCAGGAGCUGGAGGAGCUGCACGUGGUCAACCAGGAGGCCCUCAACGCCCGGGACAUCGCCAAGAAUCAGCUGCAGUACCUGGAGGAGACCGUGCUGCGGGAGCGCAAGAAACGCGAGCGCUACAUCAGCGACUGCAAGAAGCGCGCCGAGGAGAGGAAGCUACAGAACGAACGCAUGGAGCGGAAGACCCAGCGCGAGCACCUGCUGCUGCAGUCGGAGGACACCAUCCAGGAGGGCCAUAGCGGGAAGGGCGAGGAGCUGCGGCGGCGCUGGAGCAUGUACCAGAUGGAGCUGAUCUUCGGCAAGGUCAAGGACGCCACGGGCGCCGCCGAAACGCACUCGGUGGUGCGGCGCUUCCUGGCCCAGAGCGACACCUUCGCGCAGCUGCAGGCGCUCAAGAGCGAGAACGAGCAGACGCUGGGGACGCUGAGGCAGGAGAAGCAGAGGCUGCAGCGGGAGUUCGAGAACCUCAAGUACUCGGGCGAGGCCGUGCUGGUGAGCCAGCAGAAGCUGCAGGCCGACAUGCAGGGCCGCCUCCAGGCCGAGGAGCAGCGGCGAGGCGAGGCGCAGGGGCAGCUGGAGCGCACCUUGCGGGCCAUGCAGACCGCCAAGGAGUGCUUGGAGCACCUGGCCGCCAAGCUGGACCACGUCACCCUGGAGGACGGGCGCCUGGCGGGGAAGGAGUUGGACCCCAAGGCCGCCGACUAUCUGCCCAGCCUGCUGGGCCUCGUGGAGGAGAAGCUACUGAAAGUGCAGAAGCAGCUGAGCAGCCACGACAUCCCGGAGCUGCUGCGGCACAUCGCCGCCCACGAGUUCUACACCACCUUGGAGGGGAACCUGCCCCAGUACAACACCCGCAUCCCCCUGCCCCUAGCCGGCUCCAAGGACAAGUACUUCGACGAAGAGGAGAGCGAGGACGAGGACAACGACGUGGUGACCCGCGCUUCGCUCAAGAUGCGCUCCCAGAAACUCGUGGAAACCCGCAGCAAGAAGCGCAGCCGUCCGCGGAGGUCCUAGACGCGCCUGCGCGCCCACCCGGCGCCGCCCAGGCCCCU